GUGUGUUUGGGCUAAACCGCAGCCUGUGAUGUCUGUUCCCGUUGAUGGCAGGUUUUCAACUCCUUUGUUGAAAUAAGAAAGGAGCAACUUUGCAGAAUUUGCUUCCAAGCUUCAUUGAGAAAGAGGCAGCUUCUUAAAUGAGUGGACGGUUGCCUGGAGUACCUGUUUGUUGCUCUAGUUUUUGCAUGGAUCCCCAUUUGCUGCCAUUGUGCCAAGUGGCUCCAUUUCUGAUAAUGGAAUAUCACCCGGUCAUUUUGUAUAUUAAGGGCUGGAUUUAAUGGAGUCCGUUUGGCUGUUGGAGGAACGGAAAGGUGUGAAACUGCCUGAGUGGGAAGUCGCUCGUUCUAGGAUGGUGCAAUGGAUUUACUGAAAGAACUGAAGAGUAUGCCUAUGACUUUGGACUUACUGCAGUCCACCCGCAUUGGGAUGUCAGUAAAUGCACUGAGAAAGCAGAGCACAGAUGAAGAAGUGAUAUCGCUUGCCAAAUCCCUCAUCAAAUCCUGGAAAAAACUUCUAGAUGCUUCUGAGGAAAAAAGUGAUGAGAAAAAGAAAAGCCUGUCCUUGCCAACAUCUUCCUCGAAGGAGACUGGUAACUCAAGAGACCAAAGCUCCAACAAAAGGCAGGAGCCUCCGAAGACUCCGACCACCCCCAAAAUCACCACCUUCCCUCCGGCGCCCGUCACCUGCGAUGCUGUCCGCAACAAAUGCAGAGAAAUGCUGACAACAGCUCUGCAAGCUGAUGAUGACUAUAUUGCCAUUGGCGCGGACUGUGAGCACAUAGCAGCCCAGAUUGAAGAAUGCAUAUACCAAGAUGUCAAGAACACCGACAUGAAAUACAAAAACCGAGUGAGGAGCCGUAUCUCAAAUCUGAAGGACUCCAAAAAUCCUGAGCUGAAAAAGAAUGUGCUGUGUGGGGCGAUUACCCCCGAGCAGAUCGCGGUGAUGACCUCGGAGGAAAUGGCCAGUAAUGAGCUGAAAGAGAUCAGGAAAGCCAUGACGAAAGAAGCAAUCCGGGAGCAUCAGAUGGCCAAGACGGGAGGGACGCAGACUGACCUUUUCACCUGUGGGAAGUGCAAGAAGAAGAACUGCACCUACACCCAGGUGCAGACCCGCAGCUCCGAUGAGCCCAUGACCACCUUCGUCGUGUGCAACGAGUGUGGGAAUCGCUGGAAGUUCUGCUGAUAUGUGCCAUGGCCCGAGAGCGGCAGCCAAACGCAGAUCAGAGCGCAACCUCCAUACGCCAGCUCCCACGGCAAUUGUGUAUUGUGUCCCAAGUGAGUUUGCAUUGUCACGCGCUGAGAGAGCAGCUGCGGGGAGGCCUGCCUCUCCGCUUGGGCCUCAGUGGAGAGCCACAGCUGUGGGCUGACAGGUUGGCAGGAGAGCUCACUAAACACACUUAGUCGUUUUCUCAUCUAAGCGAGUAUGGUCACUUUUUCUUCAAAACUAAUAUUAAACAUUUUUGUCAGUUUCUGACUUUUAUUUGAA